UAUGUCUUUUUCUUUUUCCCCCCCCUGGUAUUUUGUACAUUGUACGGGGGAUUUAAAUCAGGAGUGGAAAGCAUGGCAGAUGAGCAGGAAAUUAUGUGCAAACUCGAGAGCAUCAAGGAGAUCAGGAAUAAGACUUUGCAGAUGGAAAAAAUAAAGGCAAGACUGAAAGCAGAAUUUGAAGCCCUGGAGUCUGAGGAGAGGCACCUGAAAGAAUACAAACAGGAAAUGGACCUGCUGCUGCAGGAGAAGAUGGCCCACGUGGAGGAGCUGCGACUGAUCCAUGCUGAUAUUAAUGUGAUGGAGAAUACUAUCAAGCAGUCUGAGAAUGACCUCAACAAGCUCUUGGAAUCUACUCGUCGCCUGCACGAGGAGUACAAGCCCCUGAAGGAGCACGUAGAUGCGCUGCGGAUGACUCUGGGCUUGCAGAGGCUGCCAGAUCUGUGUGAGGAGGAAGAGAAACUGUCACUAGACUACUUUGAAAAGCAGAAGGCAGAAUGGCAGACAGAACCACAGGAGCCUCCCAUCCCAGAGUCUCUGGCUGCAGCUGCAGCAGCUGCCCAACAGCUGCAAGUGGCAAGGAAACAAGAUACCAGACAGACAGCAACUUUCAGGCAACAGCCACCUCCAAUGAAGGCCUGCUUAUCAUGUCACCAACAAAUCCACCGGAACGCUCCCAUAUGUCCGCUCUGCAAAGCAAAGAGCCGCUCCCGGAAUCCCAAAAAGCCCAAGAGGAAACAGGACGAAUGA